AAAUGAGCGAUGAAGAUGAUGAUGAUCCAGAACUCCUGCAUGAAAGGUCUGCAGCUGUGUUUUCUCUUACUGAUGGUGGGAAGACUACAGGGCAGGGUAACGGCACCAGAGCGUCUGGAAGCUCCUGUGGAGAAGCCCUUCACUCUGACUUGCAGUGUUUCAAGGGACCGAGGUGAGACUGUGAGGCAGGUGCGAUGGCUGGACGGCCAGAACCAGACCCUGCUGAGCUACCAGCCCGGCAACAGAGACAGUGUGAGCGGACAGCAGUACGUGGAGCUCGCUCCCUCCCCAAAAGACACCUCGGCUAUCACCAUCCGCAGGGUGGGCUUCCGUGACGAAGGCUGUUACACCUGCAUCUUUGACAUGCAUCCAUCCGGUUCGAAGCAGGGACAGACCUGCCUCACUGUUACCUCGCAUAUCACCGUUGAUAGAAACAAGACAGCAGUGAGCGGCAAGAAGGCGUCCCUCUCGUGCUCCUAUGGUUUGCCCGAAAAGGUGCAGCAAAUCACGUGGACACACACUUCUGCACAAGGAGACCACACAGAGGUGGCCUCCUUUGCAAAGCGGAGCGACCCCAUGAUAGAGCCACAGUUCCAGGGGAGAGUCUGGCUGAGUGCCUCCCUGUCCGACAGUCGGCUCACCAUCCAGCCUGUCGCUAUCCAGGAUGAGGGUUGCUACACCUGCCUGUUCAACAUGCAUCCCGAAGGACAGAAGAGCUCCACAGUUUGCCUCGCCACAUAUGUCUUCCACCCUCAUCAUCCCACCGCGGGUGAUGUGAUGCCUCCUCCUUUAUUCCCCAUCUCUGACAUGUGA